CGAUUUCAUGCGCAUGCGCAGUUGUGCACAGGGUAAGCAAUUGUAUUUAAGUCCAACUGACACGAAGCUCGUUUCAAAAUCGUUUCCUUGGCUAAGAUAUUCUGUUUUGAUUUUUGGAACUGUUGUCAUUAUGGGAAAGAACCUUAAAUGCGCAUUGUUUGUUUUGUGUAUAUCCAUCAUCAUUCAAGUUAUGAAUGCUGACUCUGACGAGGAAAUAACCUGCACGAGUAAUGCUGACUGUCCGGCGAAACACAUCUGCCAUGGUGAACUAGGUCACUGUGAAGAAUGCCUCUGUAAAAAGAUAAGCCAAUGUGUGAUAGAAAAUGAUCACACCACUAAAUGUGAAUGUGACGAUUCUCAAUUCACUGGCAAGUUCUGUAAUGAGACAAGCGCGUCCAAGUAAGAAAUGCAGCAAGUGACGAUGAACUAGUAAACACCUGAUGACCAGAUAUCUUCUUAUAAACUUUUUCACUGGUUAAUUGGAUUUUACUAGAAUUGUAUAUCAUAAAUGAAUUGUUGGACGAAAGACAUUGUUCAUCAUGAACUUUCGUAGGCUUGCUUGAGAUGAGAAUAUUAAAUGUAUUUCUUUUGGACAAAUAAAAGAAAAGUCAAAAUGAACAAA